AUGGCAACAAACGCCCCCCACAGACCCUACAUGCGCAAAUGCAUAGUCCUAGCCUCCCAAUCCCCACCCCGCCCAACCAAUUUCCGCGUCGGCGCAAUCCUUAUCUCCCGCGCGGACAACGACCCCACCUUCUCCGAAGACCGCAUCCUCUCAACAGGCUACACAAUGGAACUAGCCGGUAACACCCACGCCGAGCAAUGCUGUUUCUCCAACUUUGCCGCCGUUCACAACGUCCCCGAGGAAGAAGUCGCCUCCGUACUACCCGUAGAAGAGGGUCGCAAGCUCGUGAUGUAUGUCACGAUGGAGCCAUGCGGAAAGCGGUUGUCGGGCAAUGCGCCCUGUGUUCAACGGAUUACGAAGACAAGGGAGGGAGGUCGUCCGGGUGUUCAUAAGGUUUACUUUGGGGUUAAAGAGCCUGGGACUUUUGUGGGGGAGAGUGAGGGGUGUAAGAUGCUUGAGAGCGCGGGGAUUGAGUGGGAGUAUGUGCGCGGAUUUGAGAAGGAGAUUUUGAAGGUCGCUAUGGCUGGGCAUGAGAAUUGUGAGGAGAAAGUUAAGGAGGCUUUGGGGGAGGUGGGAGGUGAUGGCGAAAGGCAGACGGAGGCCCCGAGGAAUCCGAAGAAGAGAAUGAUGGAGGGCGAGACCAUCAUUUAUUAA